CACUUUCUCAGAGAUUUUAGAUUAAUAAUACGCUUAAUUCCGAAGUGAAACCUGGGUCGAUAAUCACGACACAUCAGGGUUGAUGUGUCGUGAUUAUGGCGUAUCCCGAUACUCGGGUGGGUUCCCGUGUUUCUUUCAUAGCAUUUCGUAGGAUCCCAUAGAAUCCCUACGAUGGCACUUCUUCCAGUCCAGACGUAAUAUUUACGCUUUUAUGGCUUUCUUUUACGGAACAGAACGAAAUAAAGCAUUAGAAGCGAUUACAAUUUAACCCAUGUAGUGUCCGGGUAAAAACAAGAAUCUCUUGAGGAUUAAGAUUUCCAUGUGUCUCGAUGUGGUAACCUGUUGCGUCCCACCCGGUCCCACCCACACUCAGCUCUUCGAAAUUUAAAUCGGCUGUUCCGGGCGUCGGUUAGGAAAGAAAACAAGUGCAAACGUUGGUGCAAUUUAAAGGAUACAGGUGGACGCGAGCAGGUACAACAAGUGGGUUACAAGUGCAGGAACUCACGUUUAAUUGGAUAUGAUUAGAUUAACAUACAGAUUGUAUGUACGUGCGUGAGCUUGUUAUUUGCAAAUUAGAUACGCAAAAAAUCAGGAAAAACAGGAGUGAAUAAAUAUUUGCCAUUACACCCUAUGAGAAAAGGAAAUGAAUUAAACAAAAUGAGUGAUUCCAGUGAUAGUGGUAAAUACAAGUGGACACCAGAUAGCACAACGCUGUUAGUAUCGGUAUGGACUGACAAGCAAGUGCAGAAACAGUUACAAUACACUACUAAGCCGCAAUUAAUCUGGGAAAGCAUUGCCCGUUACAUGAGGAAGAAGGGCUACAAUGUCAAUGGUAAACAAUGCCGUUCCCGAAUGAAACAAGUUUUGGUAUGUUAUCGUGAAGCAAAGAGAGCUGGUACACGAGCAGGUGUUGAGCAGUAUUAUGAGUCCAUCGAUAAGGUUCUUAAAACCAAACAAGUGGAACAGAUCAAUAUCAAUGGAGUGGAUACCGUUGAUACAACGGCAAAUGUUAAGUCACCGCCAAAGGACGUGAAGACUAAUAAGAAUCUUCAAAUGAGAUACAAGUAUCAGGAGCCGAUAGGUACUAUGUUGCGCACGGAGGCUCUUUCCCCUGCAUGGCAAUGUGCAAACGAGGAAGACUAUCCAGACUCCCCAGAGUCCAAUGAGACGGUUCUUGCUCAGCCAUACCGAGCCCUAUCUCCAGUAAGAGAUGCAGCAACAAACACUGGACAACAACUUACUCAACCAAUCAGAACAACGACUCGUCCCAAUUCAUUACCUGUAGACGAUUCUCCAAUACGAGAGAACUACAGACCAAAUAUGAUGACAAACAAUCGUUUUAGCGAGAUACCUUUCCAGAAUGCGGUUCAAAAUGUGCAAAAUCAGAUCAUUCAGGAGAAUAUGCAGCAGAAUCAAGCAAUGUUGCAGCACAACAUCCUCCAGAAUUAUUUGCCCCAGCAAGAAGUGACGAAACGAGACCCCAUUUACCAGCAAAAUCUACUCCGAAGCGUAGAUCAAGGACUCUUGUACAAUCAGAUGAGAUUAAGACACGAAAUUCUCCAGGCAAACAUUCCAAACGCAGUUCCGGAAUCGAACCUGAGAACACAAAACCAAUUGCAAAGGAAUGUUGCGACAAAUAAUGGCGCUAUGCCUCAAGAACCGAAAAAGCCACAUUUCAGGCAAAAUCUAUCGGUUGCAUUUAAGCAGUAUCAAGACACCAUUCCUGCUCAACCGUAUACCUCGAAUGUCAACCAGAUGGGUACGUUAUCUCCUCGGCAUUCUCCAGAGAUGUGUCCCAACCUGAACGAAGGGUUUUGCCAAUCACCAGGUAACGAGAAAUCUCAUAACCUCAAUGAGACGUAUGUUCAGCCGAUGCCUACGGAAGAGCCUCAGUUCUUACCAGCAGUUAACGAUACUUGCGUCACUACCAAUGCUACUUACAACGACGACAAUCUUUCCAUCGAGUUUCUUCAAGAGUCUCCGACUCCUGAAGAGAAUGGAGUUACCAGAUUGAAGGAGUCUCCGACAAUGGAGAACACUACUGUGCCAAAUGCUCCAGCUAGGAAAAAGAAGACAGAGAAGCUGGAACAACUUAUGAUAAGUGCUAUUAAUUCACAAAACGAAGUCGUUAACAAGAUUCUUGCGGCCCAGACGGAUAUGGUAACGAAAUUUCUUGAUUUGGAUCGAGAUCGCCAACAAAGGCUGGAAAAUCGUUUGGAUCACUUAUUACAUGUUGUACAUACUUCGGUAUUGAGCAAUAAUCAGGAGAAGGCAGCUGAAAUAACUCCACCGCUUUCGGAGCCGAUGAUAACGAAUUUGGAUCCACCUCCAAAGCCAGGAGUAAUCCCACCGAAGCUGGAUUUAGUCCCUCCGAAGCCUUGCAGAGUGCCUUGCACCGUUGCAAACAGCAAUGUCCAAUUAAUUAAUCAAAACCCAAUUCAGACGAAACCAGGAGUUGUCUCUCCUCUAAUGAGUCCGAAUAGAAAGAUGGGACAGAUAUGGACAAAACUCGGACCGGUCUCGCAGUCACCCUUUGUCAAGGCGCAACAACAACUUGGACUUCGACAGAACUCUAACACAGAGGCUCGUACUCAGUCCUCUGCGGAGAGACGCAUAGCAAAGCAGAUCGAAUUCCUUACGGACACCAAGAACUUAAUAUUUGAAACGACAGCUUUCCUGGGGAUGGAGAGGCAGGUUGAAGAGAGAAUAAAGAACUCCAGGAUUCAAGAAAACAUGAGGGAAGAACUGGCAGCCCGAAACAGAUUAGUCACCGACCGCGAACCAACUCCAGCUAUGAUCCUCACCGCAGCGUUUCUGGAUGCUGAGUGUAAGUCUUCGGAAGGUUUGCAACAGAACUGGACCUGGAACAGAUACUCAUCAGAGCGAAGGGAAACUCAAAACGUGCCAACUCGAGAUGUCAAGUUCAACUUUAAGGAGACCGAGGGACAAAGGAGAAAGUUCCGCGAAGACGAUUUACUCACCGGUCACGGAGAGAGCUAUGAACGCCUUCGACAGCUCAAUAUUGGACCAGGAUACGCCAGGGAUCCGAUGGACUCCUCUACUCCUGCAAAACCCCCUCGACGUCCAGACCUUCAGGGAGCAAGUGCAGAAGUUCCUCGACAGACCAUUCAGCAAUUGGCUCAGCUCGUAAUGAACAGUGCCAGGUGGCGAAAUAACGCUACUGAAGGACAACAUGUCCCCUUUGCUCAGACCGUGAAUCCUAAGAACGAGGAUCUCGUCAUCCAAGAUCAAAAUUUACCUGCCAAUCGUAUUUCGAAUGACAAUCCUGUUCCUCGACCUAGAUUCCCAGGAGAUUCCGAGGGGAACCCCACUACGAAGAGUACAGCACCAUGGAGUGGACCGAGUAGUGGCUCUCUGGAAAGAUACUCUUACGAAGGACAAACGACAAAUAGACACUCCGAUAACGCUGGAAAAUUAUCGAACAAUGUCCAACGUUUGUCUUACAACUCCAGACCGACAAACUCGCUUUCUAUGGGAUUCACCACUGAGAUGUUAGAUGCGGAAAAUCAACCAGAGGUGGAAAAUAGGGCCGUGCUUACCAGUAAACAAAUUGGUUUUGUAACGAAUAAUGACAAGGCAUCUUGGAUGCAAAAUAUUCGCUCCACAGAAAAUGACAAAGGACCUUUCACUGAACUGCAAAAAGUUUACUCGAAGAGAGCCCAACUCGAUCAUGCUCUUCCAUACAUGACGAGUAAUGGGAAUCCAAUUACUCCUCAGGAACAGAACAUGAUUGAUCGUUACGUCUAUCAAUUAAAGGAGAAAGAAGAAAAGGAAAAGGAAACGGACUCUGACAAGGACGAGGAAUUCUUGGAUACUACAGGGACUUUAAUCUUGCAUCCCGGACCUUCCAGAAGAGAAUCCUUGACUUCCAUUGGGACUGCAACCUCUUCUAAGACAGGGCAAACUGCUAGAUCUAAUUGUGUGAUAUCCUAAACGCUGCCAAAAAUUAUCUCCUUUCGUUUAACUUCAUUUCAUCUCGUUAAUUGCAUUUCAUGUUAAGGGGAUGUGAAAGUGGCAUCCGAAAGGCCAAUCGUUCAUGAAACUUUUCUACGACUGGAU